GCGCGCCGCAGUGACCUCGGCUGCCGAAGGCCCCAUUGUGGUGUCGCUCGGGGACAACGUGGCCGACGUGUUGGCCACCGAGCGCGGCCGAGCCUCCGACUUCGGACUCAACGCCCUCUGCCGGCAGUCUUGCGCGCGGCAGCUGGGGGCGGGGCCCGACUGGCGCCGCCGCUACAUCGAGUCAUCGCGGUGUGUGUCGGACCAGGACUCCCGGCGAGCCCAUCGGGGCCUCCUGCGGCCUGGCGAGAUUUUCGUGCCUGCGGCGCAGCUCAGCGGAGUCGAGACUGGCAGCGUUGCGCACGUGGCCGGAAUGCUGCAGUGCUGUGGCAGGCCGGCAGUCGCCGCCUCGUCCGACGGGAAGGGCGCGGCCGCCCGACAGCAGAGACAUACCGCGCCCCCUCGUCGCUUCUUCCUUGAGCUGUUCGCGGGGCACGGUUGUCUCAGCGGGCGACUGCACCAGGCGGGGCUCGAGGUGGCCUGCCCUUUCGAUAAGAAGGGUGGCCCGCACCUCGACCUCUCGGACCCCGAGGUCAUCAGCCUGGUUCCCCAGUGGAUAUCUAAGGGCCGCAUGUGGUACGUCCGCUUCGGCACUCCCUGUACUUGGGCUUCUACGGGUUCCUCGCAGGCGCAGGCGGCUGUCUCGGGUCGCGAGUGCGCGGAGGUCCCCAUCAGGCUCCCCAAGGCCAUCAAGAAGGCCCACAAGAGGCACGCGAUCUACAUUGCGCUCGAGAACCCCGACACGUCG